CCCGUGCCCAAGUGCGGGGCUGCGGCGGGAUCCUCGCUCCGGGAGGGCCUCGAGGUGAGUGCCGGGCGGCGGCGCUGACUGCGCGGGACGACCUGCCCGGGGACGGGGACUGCGGUCGCGCUCGGACCCCACGGCGGCGCCCUUUCCGAGCCAUGGAGGGCGCAGAGCUGGCCGGGAAGAUCCUGUCCACCUGGCUGACGCUGGUUCUCGGCUUCAUCCUUCUGCCGUCGGCCUUCGGCGUGUCCCUGGGCAUCUCGGAGAUGUACAUGAAGAUCCUGGUGAAGACUUUAGAGUGGGCCACAAUACGAAUUGAAAAAGGAGCCCCAAAGGAGUCGGUUCUUAAAAACUCAGCUUCCCUCGGUAUUAUCCAAAGAGAUGAGUCACCCAUGGAAAAAGGGCUCUCUGGUCUGCGAGGAAGGGACUUUGAGCUGUCUGACGUGUUUUAUUUCUCCAAGAAGGGACUGGAAGCCAUCGUGGAAGAUGAGGUGACCCAGAGGUUUUCCUCAGAGGAGCUGGUGUCGUGGAAUCUCCUCACGAGAACCAAUGUAAAUUUCCACUACGUCAGUCCAAGGCUCACCCUGGUGUGGGUGCUGGGCGUCGUGGUGCGCUAUUGCGUGCUGCUGCCUCUGAGGGUGACUUUGGCUUUCAUCGGGAUCAGUUUGCUGGUUAUAGGAACUACACUGGUGGGGCAGCUGCCAGACAGCAGUUUCAGGCAGUACAGACCCCAGAAGGGAGGCAUUUGUGUUGCCAACCACACCUCUCCAAUAGAUGUCUUAAUCUUGACAACAGAUGGAUGUUAUGCGAUGGUUGGCCAGGUUCACGGUCCUGCAGGAACCUGCAUCAACAACACUUCAGUCAUGAUGUUUAAAAAGGGAAGCUUUGAGAUCGGAGGAACCAUACAUCCGGUUGCAAUUAAGUAUAACCCUCAGUUUGGUGAUGCCUUUUGGAACAGCAGUAAAUACAACAUGGUGAGCUACCUGCUUCGAAUGAUGACCAGCUGGGCCAUCGUCUGUGACGUGUGGUACAUGCCCCCCAUGACCAGAGAGAAAGGAGAAGAUGCAGUCCAGUUUGCUAAUAGGGUUAAGUCUGCUAUUGCUAUACAAGGAGGAUUGACUGAACUUCCCUGGGACGGAGGGCUGAAGAGGGCAAAGGUGAAGGACGCCUUUAAGGAGGAGCAGCAGAAGAAUUACAGCAAGAUGAUCGUGGGCAACGGAUCUCCGAGCUCUAAGUCGGACUGAUGCCACCCUGCAGAUAAACUUGGCUUUGCAGAGCCAGCCCUUAGGAAUGGAAUGGUUUUUAUUUUUUAUUUUUUUUUGGAGGGGCAGUGUUUUGUUUUAUUGUUUUGUUUUUAUCGUUAAUCUUUUCUACAGAAUGAUCGUCUCUACCUCUUUAUGCCAGAGGCAGAACCGACAGGUGCCCUUUGUUGUUUUGUGGUGGUUGUUCUAUGAGCCCCAUGAAUUGCAAGGUUGUUUACUGAGUUAAAACAGGAACUGCCUUAUGUGAAAUGAUUGUGCUGGUGUUGAUCGAAUGAAAUGUUUGCACAGGAAAAAAUGCCUCUAACGUGUGUUUGGAACUUGUCUAUAUGGUAAUUUAAAAAAAAAAAAAACCCAAACUCUCUUUUCUUAGUUAGCUUUCCCGCUCCCUUCAGUCAGUUCGAGGGUGGGUUGCACAUCAGCGUGGGCGACCGCUGUGGUCAUGUUCUGCCGCCCGGCUGGAAGGAAAAUCGGAGGAUUGUGUUCAGGAGACAGGACGACUCUGUGGCUACUUGAUCUGGAAGUGUAAAGGAAAUGUAAAUUAUUUUUUACUACGACACUGAGAGAGAAAUACUAUUUGGUAAGCUUCAGCAAAGAAGAGUGAGUCAAAGUUAGUGCGUGUGUGCGCGUUUAUACGCAGGCAACAUGCGAGCACGUUUUAGCCAGCAACUGGCAAUGAAGAGCUUGGCUGGUUUUCCUUGUUCGUGUGCUGGAGAUCUGUACCUAGUUCCCCUCCCGUCCACUGAGUUGUUUGUUUUUGUAACUAAACACAUUUUCAAAUAGAAGGAGCCUUUACAAGAAAAAGUCGCAUGGGGCGUCUUCGGUAGGAACGAGCGAGUAGUGUGUGAAGUCGCCCCUCCCCCUCCGCCCCUUUGUGGUUUAUUCCCGAACUUUCCCAGUCUCAUACACAGAAAAUAACUGGUAUAAUUACCUUUUGGAAACUGAGCCUUACAUUUUUUAAAGGGGGAAAUAAGUUUUCCCCAACUCACACAGCAUAAGCAAUGUUUGAUAGCAAUAUGAUGCUGUUUAAACUCCUGAGAGUGUUACAUCUCUUGCGUAACCAUGUACAGAAUGCAAAACUGUCUUAUCAUGAAUACAAAUAAAUUCUAUAUUUCUAAA